AUGUCCAAUUCAUUGGAGCGGGUUGUGGCCCAGAAGAAGGAGGCCAUCGAGGCAGUGAUGGACAUGUUUCAGCAGGGGGCGGAGGUGGUGGCGAGCGCUGUGGGUGAGCUCUUCCCCCUCUGUGAGGCCGCCGCCCCGGUUCUCCGCCUGGCCUUAGACAACGUCCACAGCAAAGAGGUGUUUUACGUCAAAGAGCAGUUCCUGACGGUGCGGAACAAGCUGGACGUCCUCUCCACGCAGCUGGAGGACAUAGACUGCGAGAUCAAGAAGGGCAGGCUGGACUCUCAGUACUUCUGCGUGGAGGAGAACAUCAGGAACCAGUUCAGGAAAUACAUGGACAUCCUGGAGGCGAAACAGCAGUUCAAGGAAGUGAAGACGAGGCUGUUCCUGGAGCACUUUGCUAAAACAGGGGGAGAGAAGAACCUGUUUGUGUUAUAUGAUGCUCUAAUGGGCACUAACAGCUUUGGAGAGUCAGUGUUAGAGUUGGUGGAAAGAUAUGUGGCGAGGAACCGGCGCCUCCUGGAAGAUUUCUGUGUCCGCAUGAAGGAGCUCUUCUGUUUGGGCCUGAUCGCCCUGCUGGGCCACUGCGCCCUGACCCAAGGCCAAGAGCAAGAAGAGGACAAAAUCCAAGAGUGGAGCAGCAAAAUUGAAGAAGUGGAGUCCAGGAUGAAGACGACCAUCGAGGCCUGCACCGCUGCCUUCCCGGACCAAGCCAAACUAGACGCCCAGCGACUCCUGCAGGAGAAGGAGGAAGAAAACCUGCAGGACACGACGCAGCAGAUUCUGGAGCUCUUGGUGAAAAAGUACGACUGGGUGAGCUGGUCUGUGCGGCUCAUCAACCACUCGGGCAGCACCUACCGCAACUGGCGAGCAGGGGAGCACUUUCACCACGUGGCCGGACAGAACUGGUUCGAGGUGCUGCAGGUGAACAACAUCAACCUGGUGGUGUCGUACAGCGUCAAGCCGCAGCCGGUGCCCCGCGACUGCAUCCGGCAGGCGAUGGAGGGUCAGGGGAGGAAGGGGAACGCCCCGGCCGUGGUGGAGGUGCUGGAGAAGCAGCUGUGCGGGUUUGUGGUUCACGCCGUGAGUCGCCACAAGGAGUCUGCAGCUGCGUGGAGCUUCCCAGAGGAAUGUCACUACUGGGAGAGACACAAGAAUGUGGCCGUGUGUGUGCACUCUGAGUAG